AGUCCCAGACGCGCUCCGCAACAGACAUUGAAGAACGCUACUUCAUGGCCAAGACACAGCAGCAGCCGUGGUUGGUACAAUUCAACGGCACGAGCAAGCCCGUCCUCGUCGCACCGUUCGAGGGAUGGCGCCGCUGGGACGACGCGCCGGGCAUGCCGGUGCUGGAAGGGAAACGAUGCAUCGGCCUGGAUGGAGGUUGGUCGCUCAUGCUCGACGAGGUUACCAACGGGUGCUCCCUCGUGAGCAUCGCUGAUACGUCGCCGUCGGCCCCCACUGUGAUCGCUCUCCCGCCCUUGCCCGAGGACGCGCCACCGCCGCACCUGCUGUUCAGCUGCGCGCUCUCGUCGCAAACCCCACCCGACUGCACCGUUGUGCUCAGCUUUUUUACGGGUAUGACGUCCCUCAUCCACUGCCGUCUCGGCGAUGCUGAGUGGUCCUGCCUCCAAGUGGACCUCCCCGAGGAGGGAGACGAGUUCGACGGCCCCAUAACCGCCGGCCCGGAGGGGAGGGUGUACGCAACGACCAUGCUAUCCCUGGUGGCCGUCGAUGCGUCGAGCCCGACGUUGGCCGUCAAGACGAUGGAGAGGCAUCCGCCGUCCUGCCCCGUGCACGAAGGGUACAAGUGCUACCCGGUAGCAUGCCCUGGUGGAGAUCUCUUCUUGGUGCGCUGCUGCAACUUUGGCUACCCGUCAGAGGUUGUGGAUAUAAAGGUUUUUCGAUGGAAUCGAGAUGACAACGCGUGGGAGGCGGUUGAAACUAUUGGGGACAGAACAUUUUUCGUGGGUAGGUUUUCUUUCGCGGUCCCAUCGGCGGCUGAAGCAGGAACCCAGCCCAACUGCAUCCAUAUGCUUCACAGAGAUUGCGGUGAAGCUGGUGUCUAUACCAUGUCUCUGGACAAUAUGACCAUAAGGCUCAGUGUAGUCAAGGGAUGUGAUGAGGACCAACUACUCUGGGCUCUUCCCACUAGCUUCGGUUUGAAAGCAGCACGAUCCAUUGACACUCCUGAUGAUGUCUCCAAUGAGGUGAUUCAAAGAAGAACUGCACAUUGCCGCAGAGAGGAAGAAAAAGAGGGCACUACGGCCUCUCCCGAUGAGAGGCGGUGGUGUGAACUCGAUACCGACUUGCUGCAGCUACUACUAUCCAAGAUUUCAUUCAUUGAUUUCAUACACAUUAAUGCUGUCUGCAAGCAAUGGAACUCCAAUAACAGCCCGAUCCAAGAUGCAAAAGUGUCGCCAUUGCUCAUGACAACUCGGUCAGCAGGUAGGACCAAGGAGGAUCUUCUCGAGAUUUUCGAUCCAGUGAGCAAGAAGAAAUACAUCAUCAAGGUUUACAUCCCCGCUUCAAGUCUCAAAUCAUGGGGAUCGCAUUUAUUGCAUUACACAAAGAACGGUUGGGUCAUCAUGUCAAGAAGCGGCGACCACAUGUUCUUCCUAGUGAAUCCGUUCAAGAAUUACUCGGAUGGUGGCCAUGUGAUUGCUCUUCCACCUUUGGAUGUCCUUGGCCUCAAAGGAUUGUCGUUUUCUUCGGUACCAGGUUCUUCGGACUUCGUGGUCCUCGCCGUAGGAUCUACCCCUGGCGGCGAAGUUAUCAUUAUACAAACUUGGCGAAUGGGAGAUGAAGAGUGGAAGGAAGAAUGCUUAAGCGACGAUGACGCACCGUUCUUCAUGGCAUCUCACAGCCCCGUCUUCCUAGACGGAGUCUUCUAUUUUCUGGACAUCAAUGGCAGGCUUGGAGUCGUGGACCCGAACGAGGAUGAGAUGGAAUUUUGCGUCCUCAAAAAGCCGGAUCAACCAAUACGUGGAAGCGAUGAGGUGCAUCUUCGUGAACGGGAGUGCAACUAUCUGGUGGAGUGGAAGGGGGAGCUAAUUGCCAUUUUCCGGAAGAAUGCCAAUGGAUCGGUCAGAAUGUUCAAGCUAGACCGGUCUCAGAUGCUUUGGUCGGAGUUGCAAGGUAUAGAGGAUGCGGCUGUGUUCUGGGAUAGGAGCAAUGCUCUGAUUGCUGUGCCGCCGGCCGGAGAUGAUUUAUGUAACAAGAUGUUCCUACCGAACUAUACUGAGACCGAAGGUGGUGGAAGGACGCAGGCAUUCUACUCAUUUCAGGAGCAAUGCUACUACCCUUCCUUCUGUUCCAAGGAGCCCAUGAACGCUAUAUGGUUCCAGCCAGACUUGGAUGUAUUUACGGUGACUCACCACUAGUUCAUGCUAUUGGGCCUUCUUCGGUAGACCCCCCCACCCCCCCCACCCUCCCCAACAAAACGUAGAAGGGCAGAAUGGUCAUACGAAAGAAGGGUAUGCCCACCUC